ACUUUUUUUUAUGUUUUCACAUUCUUAAUAACAGACAGAACAUCACAUAUAAUUUAUUGAGUGGUGAUAAUCUGGACUUAAAGUUGUUUUUUAUUGACACAGGAGGACAGUUGGAAUAUACACCGCAAUUACUCUGUCAACAUUGCUUCACGUCCCCACCCACACAGUUCCACCUGAAAGAACAUUUGAUGAAUGGAGAUGUAAUUAGUGAAGUGGAAAUAUUUGUCAUAUUUGCCUCACAAGAUAGAAGGUCAUGUUUGGGGUGUUAAUUGCAAUGCUGACAGAAUUUACAAUUAAAUAAAACAAGUAAAAGUUUUAUUUACAACUUCAGAAGAUAAUGAGUUAGAAAAGUUUCAACCGCAUCAUUGGUAACCAAAGAUAUGAAAAGAUGCCCACGUUUGUUUGAUGAAAGAGAAUUGAUUGCUUAAAGAUGAAGGAGAUUGAUGAAGUUCCAACUAAGAUUAGUGUUAGUAAGAUCUGUCUCUUCAGGAAAGGAUCAGAUAUUGAUCUCGAGGCAAUAUUUGGUGGACGUAUUAGCAGUAAAAAGACGAAUGUUAUCAAAACAAAUCCAGUGUACAAAGAUGGACACGGAUUAAAAAAUGGAAAAAACUCUAGCAAGGAAAAUGAUAUGGGUGGUAUAGAAAUUCAGGUUUAUAAUAACAUACCAAAAUCAUCAGUGGAAAAUUCAACAAAACAUGAAAAUUCAAUAAUGAAAGAACAAUUGAUGAAGGAAAAUUCACGAACAGAGCGUGAUAAAGUAACAGUUACUAAUGGUGAUGUUUGUGUGGGUGAUAUAAUUAUAGAAAAUGGGUAUAGAAAUCCGUCAUUUAUAUCUGAUACUGAUAGUGAGGUAGGACUUGAUGUGAUGGAGCAUACAGUAAAAUACUCUGGGGAAGGCGAGGGGAAAGGUGACAUGUCAGCAGGGUCAGAAUGGCCAGAUAUUGAUGACAUCGCACUACCACCACUGUCACAUGAUCAAAUUGAAAAAUCAACGAAUAGCAGUGAUGAAGAAGCUUAUGAAAUGAUAGACUACAACAGAAAUAAAACAAAAUUCAAAAAUGACAUUGAUCCUGUUGACAUUGAAAUUGAUGUUAGUCGGGACAUGGAAACCAAAGUUAAGUCAGAGGAAGAAAAAGUAACUGAAAAUCUGGUUCAAGAUAAAAAGGUAGAAAUUCAAACAGUCUCUACAACAUUAAUCCAGUCUGAGGCUCAAGAUCAAACAGUUCAUGAAGUUCAAUCAGCGUCAGUGCAGGUGGAUGAAACAGAAACUUUAGGAAAACAAGUAAAUGAAAGUGACAAUACCCUUGAAAAACAUGUAAAUGAAAGUGAAAAUAACCUUGAAAAACAAGUAAAUGAAAGUGAAAAUAACCUUGAAAAACAAGUAAAUGAAAGUGAAAAUAACCUUGAAAAACAAGUAAAUGAAAAUGACAAUACCCUCUUAAAUGGUGAAAUGCCACACAUGACAACAAGUGAUCUCAGUUCUACAGAUCCCAAGGAAAAUGACAAAAAUUCAGACACUAAAAGUGAGGCUCAAAAUGAAAACACGAAUGAUACUAAUCACCAAAAGACAAAUGGUUCCAUUAACAAAGAACCAAAAAUGAAUGGAUCAGUGAAUUCAACAUAUUCUCUUGAUGAAGACAGCUAUGUAAAUGAAAAAGGAAAAUCUAAAAAGAAGAAAAAAUUAAAACAAAGAAAGAAUUCACUUCCAGAUCAUAUAUUAAACUCACUGAAUAUGAAACCAUCUAAGCCCAUUCUUGUUCCUGUAGUCAUGGAUGAUAGUGCUAUGCCAGUAGGUCGUUCAAGGUCAACUGACAAUUCAAAUGAACAAAAAUCAGUCAAAUUUUCUGAUGAUACUGUGUUUAAUGAUACAAAACCAAAUAAAUACAAACAGGAAAGAUUAACUUUAAAGGAUAUUUAUAAAGGGAAAAUAUCCAGUAAGGAUGCUGUUGCCAAACUUAAUCCCGUGUUUCAUGAUGAGGACAAUCAGGCUAUACAAGACAGGAACACAGAAGAUGGUGACCAGUAUGAUGAUAAUCUGAAUACACCAGCCUACUUGAAGAAUUAUUUAACAUCUCAUGGUGGAGAACAAGGACAAAUCAGACAUGCUGGACUUGAUGUAGAUAAUGAUAUUGAAAGCAUUGGCAGUGAAGGGGCGGUCAACUACGACAAAUUAAUCGAACAAACAAUAGCAAGAAAGAGACGAAGUCGAAUUCUCCGCCUUAUAUGUGCAGUAUUUACAUUUUGUGUUGUUAUUGGAGUUGUGGUUGUUUUAGUCAUAUUUGUUGGGAAAAAACAGUCAUGAUUAGGAUACAAAAAAGUUGAGCUAAAUAUGUUUAUGUAGUCAUAAAGAAGCAGACAUAAUUAUAAAAUUUGGAGGUCAAAACAGCAGGGUAUUAUAUGGGAUGCAAACAGAAAUUAAGAUCAAUUUAAAAUGAUGUUCUGACAUUUUUUUUUUGCCAUUGAUGAAAAAUGAUCACAAAAAGUUCCUUGAUGCAUAACAUGUUCCAUCUUUUUAUUAUAACAUUUAUAAUUCCAUUUACAUUAAUGUUUGUCACUAUAUGGUAUUCAAAAAUUGAAAUUUUAAUUUAAAAAGUUGUGUAUAAGAGAAACUUAAAUGACUAUUUUUUUGGUAUAAAUGUAAAACAUUCAGAUAUUUAGGAUUGAAAUAUUUGUAUCUGUGUCUUUUUUUACUUUCCAGCCUUUUAAAUUGAUUGAUUAUUGUUUAACAUAACUUUAGCAUGAAACAGCUAUAUUGCAAUGAGGGUCACAAACUUUUUAAAGCUGUAAUUGUUUUUCAACUGCAGCAAAUGACAAGGUUCACUUUUACCAAAAUUUGGCCAUGAAUUUCAACUUUAUCAUAAAUUUCAUCAGGUAACUUGAUUUUAAAAUGGACCAAUUUCUAAAGCCUAAAUGCCUAGUUCAACAACUCCUUCAUAAAAGUAUAUAUACGUGUAGUUGCAAAAGUCAGCACAUUUUGGAGAUGUAAAAAAACGAUGAUUUUGUGCAUUUUGCAGACCAGAAAGCUUCAUGGAAACUUUGACCGCAACACACAAUCCAAAAUAUUCUGUAAUCAAAAAGUGCUAAUAUUUUUAUUGAAUACCUAGAUCACAGGUGGUGGCCAAAGUUAACUUUUCCAUAAACUGUUAUAACUAUGGAAAAAUUGGACCAAAACGGACGUUACUACUCAAAUAAAGCAUACUUAAGGGAUCAUAACUUUGUAAUUUAUAAUGUAGUGUGCAAACAAGAAGUAAAUGUGUAUUAAUAGUUAUACCACAACUAUUUCUAUGUAGAAUUUGUGGUAUUCUGGCCAGAUUUUAAAAAUAUUAAAACCUUAGGGGCCAAUUUUGACCCUUCCUGAACCUUGUCCUUUGGUAUGGUUUUUUCAUAAAUUGUGAUACCAGGUAAACAUCUUCAUGUCAGCUUCUGUGUAAAAAGUAGUACAAAAUCUAACUACAUUUGUAGCAUUUUACUAAAUACAUCCUGCAUGUCAUUGCAAAACAAAUUCUUCUUUUGAAAAUGCUGAUCUUCAUGUGUGGAAAUGUGUAAUUAUACUUUUUAUAUUUGGUUCUUUGUACAAUAUUCAUAGCAUCAUCAUUUCUUUUUUUUAUCAUUUUUUACUGUUACAUUACAUAGAUUUUUUUUAAAUGUAAAGAAAUCUAAAAAUUUGAAUGAAAAUAUUUGUCAAGUAAGUUAUACGGGUAAAUGUUUGCUAUGUGAUUAAUUUAUUAAUAGUAGAGCCAAAAAUGAUUCAUAUUAAAAUAUUUUUUUGUAUUGAAAUAUGGUUGAGUUGAAAAUAAGGAUGAAUUAUUUGCUUUAUAAUUUUUUACAUUAUUGUUUUAAUCACUACUUACUAAAAAUCUGUUGAAAAUAAGAUAAUUAUAUAACUUGCAUAUCAAACUUGGUCAGUUGGGCUUUCAAAGGGGUCAAAGGUUCAUGAAAAUCAGACGAGAAGUAAAAUUAGAAUAUUUUUAUAAAUAUCAAUAUGACACACCCUAUCAACCCUCAACCAAUAUAAUCCCUCUAGCAGAUCUCUUGGGAUUAUAUUGGUGUCUCUGGUUGCUGUAGGUGUGAUAUUGAAAAUGCCAUAUGAUAUUCUGUAUUGGGUGACACCAAACUGUGAAGUAGACACACUUGUUUAGAACCACCUAUGCAGUAUUGACUGUAUUUAGCUUUUAUAUACAUGAUGUGAACAGGUUUUAUAUUGAUGUUUCAUUCGUUUUACAAUAUUGACUGAGUUUUUUUUAGAAAAUGCAAUAUCUACUUCAUUGAUGACAUGAGAAAAAACAUUUUAGGGAUGUCCGAAGCACACAAAGAAAAUUCUUGAAUUGUUUAUAGUGUGUAUGUCUUGCCAGUAAAACUUACAAAUGUUUAUGUGUAUUUUUAGUAUUAUAGACUUAUUUAUAUUGUAUCAGAAUUAUUCUAUAGUUAACUGUCAUUUCCAUAAACCUCAUUACUUUUUUACAUAUAUAUCAUUUUUUCAUUUAUAUUUUUUAAGAAAUUCUAAAAUGCAUUUAACGUCACAGUACCCAAAUUGCACCGAGUACCCAAAUUGCACCUAUUCAACAAAAAUAGCUGUGGAAAUCUUACAAGUUUUCUUUGAGACUAAACAAUUUGUAUUUUUAUGAUUUAACAUUGUACAUGUCUUUCACAUAGAUAAAUAUACACAAAAUGUUCACAGUAUAUAUCAAUAGAUGAAGCAUUCACUGGAAAAAGUAAAAUCUAUGGAAACUGGCGACAUUCACAAAAAGUCAUCUUUUAAAAAUGAGCAAAUAAAAUAUGUUACAAGCAUCCAUUUCUUAAAAAAUGAAUAGUAAGCAUGGACUAAUGUCAAAUUGUUCUAAAUGUUUAAAGAAAUAAAACAAAACAUCUGUUAUUCAAUUUUUAAGGAUGUGAAUUUAAGCAUGUAUGCAAUUUGGGUACUCCUCAUUUCAGAAUCAUGGAUCGUUUGGAGGUUGGCUCAAACCCAUUUUGCUAUGAUUCAAUAUGGAUUCAAAAUAAAAUUGGUGUAAUUAUAUGGUAAAUAAGGAUACGCCUACAAAAUAAACACAGAAUGGAAACUUUUGUCUGGAUCAUAAAAAAACGUAGGUGAAAAAACUGUCAAAAUAGGUGCAAUUUGGGUACCCUCACGUUACAGAUUAUUGUAAACUCAUCAACAAAAAAUAAAUAAUUUGUAAGUUUAAUUGUAGUACUUUUGUCUAUAAAAUACCUUAUUGAAUUUCCCAUAUUUGUUUAAUGCUAAUGAAAGUAUCAAAACCAUAUUAACUUGAAACCUGUCAUUUAUUGUUAACUGUGAAACCUAACUUACUGGAAUCCUUCUAUUUAAUGAUGUUAACUGUGGAACCUAACUCACUGGAAUCCUUCUAUAUAAUGAUGUUAACUGUGAAACCUAACUCACUGGAAUCCUAUAUAAUGAUUUUGAUAUAAUCAGAAAACCUUUUUUUUUUAAAAGAACCCUAUACACAGAAUUAUUAUUUUGAUUACCGCCAUUCCUUAUAGCCGUGUCUAAAAUUCAUAUUCAAAAAGGUGCUAUAUUGUAAGAAAUAAAAUGAUUAUUACUUUAUAAUAUAUCCAUCUGUGUACCUAAAGACGUGUUUCUUCGUAAAUUGUACCUCUGGUUAUGACCUGGUAUCAAAGUUAUUGGCUCUUGAUGAUACGUUCUGACAAUAAAAUGGUGGGAGGGAUUAAGUUACAUGAAUAAUUGGAGAUGUGUGGUUAAGGUAACAAAUUACACUACAGCAUACGUAAAACAAGUAAAAACAGUUCUAGAGUUAUGCCCUUUACAAAUGGAAAAUUGCUGAAUUUUUGUUCCGUUCUUUAACUUUAGUUUGCCUCAACCAAAUGUUAUAAAACUUAUACACAAUGCUUAUUACCACAAAAUACAGAUCAAAUUUGAACUAUGGUGGUGUCACUUUAACGGUUCUAGAGUUAUGCCCAUUUACAAAUGGAAAAUAGCUGAAUUUUUCGUUUCUGUUCUCUAACUUAAGUUUGCCUCAACCAAUCAAAUGUUAUGAGACUUAUACACAAUACUUAUUAACAGAAAACUCAGAUCAAGUACACAUUUGGGUAGUGUCACUUUUACCGUUCUUCAGUUAUGUCCCUUUAUAACUUUAUAUGAUAUGCAAACUGGGACAUCAUCUGUGUCCUAUGGACACAUUCCCCAUUUAUUUUAUCAUACUCUUCAAGAUAAUAGUGCUAAUGGUAUACAGCUAGUUAAUUAUAUUUGUGUCUUUUUUUAUUAAAGUUGUAAAUAUAGAAAACACCAUAUUUUGUAUAGAGUUCAAUAUGUUUCUGUAAUUGGUUGUACAUAACAGAUCCCUAGUGCCUUUAUCAAUUUACUGUUUAAUCCCUUGUUAGAUGUAGAAAAUUCAGAUUUAUCUCCCUUGAUAAAUAAAAUGAUAUUAUAACCAGUGCAGAUGUACAAGUUGAUAAUAAAGUAUCAUAUUUUUAUAAUUGUUCAACCUAUUGGUGUUGGAAAGUCUACCAUCAAAAAUUCUUCAUUCUCCACUAAAAAUCUAUUUCAAAUCUGCUGGAAACCACUAAGCAAAUCUGUACAAUGAAACCCUAUUUUUCUUUUCAUAGUAAUAAAGUAAUAAUUUUAAAGUCAUCCCUGAUAAGAAUUGAUUAUAAUGACUCCAGCAAAAAACAAAAGAGAUGAUUUAUGUUGCUAUGGAAAUAGUAUAGGGAAUACAACUUUAUAUAUUUUGAUCUUUUAUCUGUAAUUGCUACAAGUCUGGUGAUACCUAACCAACCUAAAUCAUUCAUAAAUUUGUUCUGUUAUGGUAAAGAAAAAUCACUUAGCCUGCAAGCUGCGUGAUACUGUCUCCUUUUAAUAUCUCAUUUUAUAGUUUAACCCAACACCAUCAGUUUCAAAGUCAAUGCAAUUAAUGUGUCUUGAAAUAUUUUGAGAAAAUAAUAGGACAAUGUCAAUGUUGUGAAAGAAAAAUAGAAAAGUUGUGAUAUAAAAUUAAGGUUGUGAUAAGGGAGCUAACUCCUUUGUACAAAAAUUAAUGUCUCUGUUGUUACAGAUAGUGUAUAUUUUUUGUUGAUGUUUGUUGCUCAAUAGAAAUACCAUAUUUAUAAAGAAAAUCCUACAAACUAUUGUUUCAUAUUUUUAAUAUGAAGUUAAGUAAUAAAUAUUUAUAAACAUAAAA